AUGCCUGCCGAAGAGUCCAAGCCCCUCGACCCGGCCGUCAAGGAGGCCAACGACGCCCUCGCCGAAGCCACUGACAAGGGCAAGGGCAAGGAGCCCGAGGUCGAGUCCGACGAGGAGGAUGGAGAGGAGGAUGUGCCCGAGGAGGCGGCACCCGGCGCGUCCGCCGCCGGCGCAAAGAAGAAGAAGAAGAAGUCCAAGAGAAAGAAGGUCAAGGAAGCCCUCACCGGCCAGCCCAGCGAUCCCGAGCAGAAGAUCAAGGAAGCCAUCGGUGGCCUGACGCCCCAACAGCUCACCGAGCUGCUCUCCCUGAACCCGGCCCUUGCGAACGAACUCGGCGUCGGCAGCUCUAGCAACAAAUCGGUCGAGGAGACGGCCGCGGCCAUGCAGAAGCUCGACCUGCAGGACAUCAUGACCGGCCUCGCGUCGGCCGGCAAGAACGCCAAGGACAUGGCGAGCUACAAGUUCUGGGCGACGCAACCCGUGCCCAAGUUCGGCGAGUCGGAGAAGAAGAUCGAGGACGGCCCGAUCCGUGUCCAGACGGUCGAGGAGGUGCCGACGGAGCCGUCGCCGAUGGUGACCGGCUUCGAGUGGGUCACGAUGAACCUCGAGGACGACGGCGAGAUGAAGGAGGUCUACGAGCUGCUGAACGGACACUACGUCGAGGACGACGAGGCCAUGUUCCGCUUCAACUACUCGCCGGCUAUGCUCCGAUGGGCACUCAUGGCUCCCGGCUGGCGCAAGGAGUGGCACGUCGGUGUGCGCGCGUCGCAGUCCAGGAAGCUCGUCGCAUUCAUCUCGGCUAUCCCCGUCGACCUGCGCGUGCGCAAGAACAUCGUCACCUGCUCCGAGGUCAACUUUAUGGUCGUCCACAAGAAGCUGCGCGGCAAGCGCCUCGCGCCCGUGCUCAUCAAGGAGAUCACGCGCCGCAGCAACCUGCGCGGCAUCUGGCAGGGCCUCUACACGGGCGGCGUAGUGCUGCCCAAGCCCGUCAGCACGUGCCGCUACUUCCACCGCGCCCUCAACUGGCAGAAGCUGUACGAGGUCGGCUUCAGCCCGCUGCCGCCCAACAGCAAGCCGCAAUACCAGAUCCGCAAGUACCAGCUGCCGGACACCACGUCGACCAAGGGCCUGCGCGAGCUCCAGGAGAAGGACAUUGACGCCGCCCGCGAGCUGCUGACAAAGUACCUGAAGCGCUUCGACAUGGCGCCCGAGUUCUCCAAUGACGAGUUCAGGCAUUGGUUCCUUCACGACAAGAACGCGCCCGGCGAGCAGGUUAUCUGGACUUAUGUUGUCGAGACCAACGGCAAGAUCACCGACAUGUUCUCCUUCUACUGUCUCGAGUCGACCGUCAUCAACAGCUCCAAGCACCAGGUCGUACGCGCCGCCUACCUCUGGUAUUACGCCUCGGACGUAGCCUUCGCCACGCCCUUUAACAAGGACGCGCUUAAGACGCGGCUGAACUCGCUGAUCGGCGACGCCCUGGUAAUGGGCAAGAAGUACAAGUUCGACGUCUUCAACGGCCUGUCGCUGCUCGACAACGGGCUGUUCCUGGAGCAGCAGAAGUUUGGCCCGGGCGACGGCCAGCUGCACUACUACCUGUUCAACUACCGCGCGGCCCCCAUCGCGGGCGGCGUCGACAGGCGGAACAAGCUCGACGAGGAGAACCUGAGCGGAAUCGGUUUGGUCAUGUUGUAA